GUCGGGCCUUGGAAGUGUCAAGAUCUCUCUCUGCCAGGCGUGGGGAGGGGAGAGCGCUUCUGUCUGCUAAGCCAUGGCUGUCCGGGCCCCAACAGCGCGGGGCGACGCCAGUGCCGAGAGAUACCUCUUUGUGGACCGGAACCAGGUGGGGAACCCAGCGUCCCAGGCGGAUUGGACGGCCAAGCGGCUGGUGUGGGUCCCGUCGGAGCGUCAUGGCUUCGAGGCAGCCGGGCUGCGCGAGGAGCGGGGAGACGAGGUGCUGGUGGAGCUGGCCGAGAAUGGGCGUCAGGUGCUGGUCGCCAAGGACGACAUCCAGAAGAUGAACCCGCCCAAGUUCACCAAGGUGGAAGACAUGGCGGAGCUGACCUGCCUUAACGAGGCCUCGGUGCUGCACAACCUCAAGGACCGCUACUAUUCAGGCCUCAUCUAUACAUAUUCAGGGCUUUUCUGCGUGGUCAUCAACCCUUAUAAGAACUUGCCCAUUUACACGGAACAGAUCGUGGAGAUGUACCGGGGUAAGAAGCGCCACGAGAUGCCCCCCCACAUCUAUGCCAUCUCCGAGGCUGCCUAUCGGAGCAUGUUGCAAGACCGAGAGGAUCAGUCCAUCUUGUGCACGGGGGAAUCCGGUGCUGGCAAGACGGAGAACACCAAAAAAGUGAUCCAGUACUUGGCGCACGUGGCAUCAUCCCACAAAGCCCGGAAGGACCACAACGUGCCGCCGGAGUACCUGACCGAAACCAAGCAACAGACCUCCAACCCUGCUUCCUACGGUGAACUGGAACGUCAACUUCUGCAGGCCAAUCCUAUCUUGGAAGCGUUUGGCAAUGCGAAAACGGUCAAAAAUGACAACUCCUCGCGAUUCGGUAAAUUUAUUCGGAUUAAUUUUGAUGUAGCUGGCUACAUUGUCGGAGCCAAUAUAGAGACAUAUCUGUUGGAGAAAUCGCGAGCUAUUCGUCAAGCCAAGGACGAGCGAACCUUCCACAUCUUUUAUCAGCUUUUAGUGGGCGCUGGUGAGCACAUGAAAGCGGAGUUGCUUUUGGAACCGUUUAAUCAAUAUCGCUUCCUGUCCAAUGGGUACCUUCCCAUCCCAGGGCAACAGGACAAAGAGAUCUUUCAGGAGACCAUGGAAUCUAUGCGCAUCAUGGGCUUUUCGCUCGAGGAGAUACAUUGUAUGCUGCGGAUGGUCUCAGCGGUGCUGCAGUUUGGCAACAUUUCUUUCCGUAAAGAGAGGAACACGGACCAGGCUUCCAUGCCUGACAACACAGCUGCCCAGAAGCUCUGCCACCUCCUUGGCAUGAAUGUCACAGAGUUCUCCCGCGCCAUCCUCACGCCACGCAUCAAAGUUGGCCGAGACUACGUGCAGAAGGCUCAGACAAAGGAACAGGCUGACUUUGCUGUUGAGGCUCUGGCCAAAGCCACCUACGAGCGACUCUUCCGGUGGCUGGUGCAUCGGAUCAACCGGGCGCUGGACCGUACCAAGCGCCAGGGGGCAUCCUUCAUUGGCAUUCUGGACAUCGCCGGGUUUGAAAUAUUCCAGCUGAAUUCCUUCGAGCAGCUUUGCAUCAACUACACCAACGAAAAGCUUCAGCAGCUCUUCAACCACACCAUGUUUGUGCUGGAGCAGGAAGAAUACCAGCGGGAGGGCAUCGAGUGGAACUUCAUUGACUUUGGCCUGGACCUCCAGCCUUGCAUCGACCUCAUCGAGAGGCCGGCAAACCCCCCAGGAGUGCUGGCUCUGCUGGACGAGGAAUGCUGGUUCCCCAAAGCCACUGACAAGAGCUUUGUGGAGAAAGUGUCUCAAGAGCAGGGGACCCACCCCAAGUUCCAGAAGCCCCGGCAGCUGCGGGACAGAGCGGACUUCUGCAUCAUUCAUUACGCCGGCAGAGUUGAUUACAAGGCAGACGAGUGGCUCAUGAAGAACAUGGACCCCCUGAACGACAACGUCGCCACCCUCCUUCACCAGAGCGCAGACAGGUUCACGGCGGAGCUGUGGAAAGACGAGAUCCAGAACAUACAGAAGGUCUAUUUCUUUGACAGCUAUGCAGUGGCACCUCAGGGUCCAGCGGAAAUGGACCGGAUUGUGGGUCUGGACCAAGUGAGCGGGAUGGGAGACCUCGCCUUCGGGUCCUCGUACAAGACCAAGAAGGGGAUGUUCCGCACCGUGGGGCAGCUGUACAAGGAGAGUCUCUCCAAACUGAUGUCGACCCUGCGCAACACUAACCCCAAUUUCGUGCGUUGCAUCAUACCGAACCAUGAGAAGAGAGCUGGAAAACUCGAACCACAUCUUGUAUUGGAUCAACUGCGCUGCAACGGAGUCCUGGAGGGAAUUCGCAUUUGCCGCCAGGGGUUCCCCAACCGCAUCAUCUUUCAGGAAUUCCGGCAGAGGUAUGAGAUCCUUACACCAAACGCCAUCCCCAAGGGCUUCAUGGAUGGGAAACAGGCCUGCGAACGCAUGAUCAAGGCCUUAGAGCUGGACUCGAACCUCUACCGCAUCGGCCAGAGUAAGAUCUUCUUCAGGGCUGGCGUUUUGGCUCACCUGGAAGAAGAACGGGACCUGAAGAUCACGGACAUCAUCGUGUCCUUCCAGGCGGCUGCCCGGGGAUAUCUGGCUCGCAAGGCCUUCAUGAAAAAGCAGCAGCAGAUGAGCGCCCUCAAGGUCAUGCAGCGCAACUGUGCGGCCUACCUCAAGUUGCGCCACUGGCAGUGGUGGCGUCUCUUCACCAAGGUGAAGCCCCUCUUGCAAGUGACUCGCCAGGAUGAGGUGAUGCAGGCGAAGGCGCUGGAGUUGCAGAAGGUGCAAGAGAAACACACAAAGACCCAAACGGACCUCAAGGAACUGGAAAACAAGUACCAGCAGCUUUCAGAGGAGAAGUCCAUCCUGGCUGAGCAGCUGCAAGCAGAGACGGAGCUCUUCGCCGAAGCUGAGGAAAUGCGGGCGCGACUGGCGGCGCGGAAGCAAGAGCUGGAGGACAUUCUGCACGAGCUGGAGUCCCGGGUGGAGGAGGAAGAGGAGCGCUGCCAGCAGCUGCAGACGGAUAAGAAGAAGACGCUGCAGCACGUGCAGGACCUUGAGGAGCAGCUGGAGGAGGAAGAAGCUGCCCGGCAGAAGCUGCAGCUGGAGAAGGUCAGCACGGAAGCGAAGCUGAAAAAAAUGGAGGAAGACCUGCUGGUGCUGGAAGACCAAAACUCAAAGUUGCUCAAGGAAAGGAAGCUCAUGGACGAACGUCUUUCCGAGUUCACCUGCCACAUGGCGGAAGAGGAGGAGAAGGUGAAGAGCCUGUCCAAACUGCGCAACAAAUACGAAGCCGUCAUAGCCGACAUGGAAGAUCGGCUGAAGAAGGAAGAGAAGGGGCGCCAGGAGCUGGAGAAGCUGAAGCGCAAACUGGACGGCGAGGCGGGGGAUCUGCAGGAGCAAGUGGUGGAGCUGCAACAGCAGCUGGAAGAGCUCCGCCAAGCGCUGGCGAGGAAGGAGGCCGAGCUGCAGGCAGCCCUGGCCAGAGUGGAGGAAGAAUCGGCCCAAAAGAACGCCGUGCUGAAAUCGUUGCGUGAGCUGCAGGCACAGUUAGCGGAGCUGCAGGAAGAUCUGGAGUCUGAAAAGGCAUCCCGCACCAAGGCUGAGAAGCAGCGGCGGGACCUGGGCGAGGAGCUGGAAGCCCUGAAGACGGAGCUCGAGGACACCCUGGACUCAACCGCCGCACAGCAAGAGCUACGGUCAAAGCGGGAACAGGAAGUGACCGAACUCAAGAAGACCAUAGAGGACGAAGUGAAGACACACGAAGCGCAAGUGUUGGAAAUGCGCCAGCGGCACACGAGUGCCCUUGAGGAGCUGUCGGAGCAGCUGGAGCAGUCGCGUCGGUUCAAAACUACUCUGGAGAAGACCAAGCAAGGCCUGGAAGUGGAGAACGUCGAGAUGCAGAAGGAGCUGAAAGUUCUGCAAGGGACCAAGCUGGAGUCAGAGCAAAGGCGCAAGAAGCUGGAGGGUCAAGUCCAGGAGCUGCAGCUCCGGGUGGCUGAGAGCGAGAGGGCCAAGGCGGAGCUCACCGACAGGCUGGUGAAGCUACAGAACGAACUCGACGCGGUGUCCGGUACCCUGGGAACGGCGGAGUCCAAGACGAUAAAGCUUGCCAAAGACCUGGCCAGCAUCGAAUCCCAUCUGCAAGAUACCCAGGAACUGCUUCAGGAAGAGACGCGGCAGAAGCUGAACCUGAGCUCGCGAGUUCGGCAGCUGGAGGAGGAGAAGGGGGCUCUGGUGGAGCAGCUGGAAGAGGAGGAGGCCGUCAAAGCGAACUUCACCCGCCAGACCCAGGCUUUGCAACUUCAGGUGUUAGAGACCAAGAAGAAACUGGAGGAAGACGCCGGAGUCGCAGAGACAAUAGAAGAAGCCCGGCGUCGAGCAGCCAAGGAUUUGGAGUCUCUCAACCUGCGCUAUGAGGAACGGGUCCAGGCCUGUGACAAACUAGAGAAAGGGCGGACCCGGCUGCAGCAGGAGCUGGACGAUGUCACCGUGGCCCUCGACCAGCAGCGCCAGGUGGUAUCUGCGCUUGAGAAGAAGCAGAAGAAGUUUGACCAGAUGCUGGCCGAGGAGAAGCUGAUCUCUGCCCGCUGUGCAGAGGAGAGGGACCGGGCCGAGGCCGAUGCCCGUGAGAAGGAGACCAAGGUGCUGUCGCUGAGCCGUGCCCUGGAGGAGGCCCAAGAGAUGCGGGAUGAGCUGGAGAGGCAGAACAAACAACUGCGGGCAGAGAUGGACGACUUGGUCAGCUCUAAGGACGACGUCGGAAAGAACGUGCAUGAACUGGAACGCUCCAAGCGGGCGCUGGAGCAGCAGGUGCAAGAGAUGCGGGCCCAACUGGAGGAGCUGGAAGAUGAGCUCCAGGCCACGGAGGACGGGAAGCUCCGUUUGGAAGUCAACAUGCAGGCCCUCAAGGCCCAGCACGAGCGGGAGCUGCAGAGCCGGGACGACGCCAACGAUGACAAGAAGAAACUGCUGAGCAAGCAGGUGCGAGAGCUGGAGGCCGAGCUGGACGGCGAAAGGAAGCAACGGGCUCAAGCCCUCGCGGCUCGGAAGAAACUGGAGCUCGAUCUACAGGAAGCCCUGGCGCAACUGGACGCAGCCAGCAAGGGGCGGGACGAGGCAGGGAAACAGCUGCGCAAGUUACAGUCCCAGAUGAAAGAGCUCUGGCGGGAAGUGGAGGAGGCCCGCGCGGCCCGUGAGGAGAUCUUCAUCCAGUCCCGGGAGAGCGAGAAGAAGCUGAAGAAUCUGGAGGCGGAGCUGUUGCAGCUGCAGGAGGAACUGGCAGCGUCAGAGCGAGCCAAACGGCAGGCGCAGCAAGAGCGAGAUGACCUGGCCGACGAGUUGGCCAACGGGAACAGCGGCAAGUCUGCCCUCCUAGAUGAAAAACGCCACUUGGAGGCCAGAAUCGGGCAGUUGGAGGAAGAGCUGGAUGAAGAGCAGAGCAACAUGGAGCUGCUGAAUGACCGAUACCGCAAGCUCAGCAUGCAGGUGGAAGCAGCUCACCACAGAGGCUAUGACGGCCCGGCGGCACCCAUGCAGAGAUCUGAGAAUGCCAGGCUUGGCAGCUGGAGGCCGUGGGGCAAGAGAACAAAGACCUGAGGGCCAAGCUGGGGGAGAUGGACUCGUCCGUCAAGUCCAAAUAUAAGCUUGCGAUUGCCACUUUGGAGUCCAAGGUGGCCCAACUGGAGGAGCAGCUGGAGCAGGAGUCCAGGGAGAGGAUCUUGUCGGGGAAACUGGUGCGGCGGGCAGAGAAGAAACUCAAAGAGGUCAUUCUACAGGUGGAUGAAGAGAGGAGGAACUCAGAUCAGUACAAGGAUCAG